CCCUGUACCACUUGCAAAACUCGUUAGGUAUCAAAAUGCAUUUCCUUGUGAUCAUCACCGCCCUCGCGUCCCUCAGCGGUCUAGGGGCAGCCGUCCCCGACGAAUUCACCGCGCUAGGCUGCCCUAACACCACCAAACCCGAGGCCUCCCCGUCAGAACAGCUGGCCGCCUGGGACGAAUUUACCAACCUCAUGUACCACGAAAAGCGCAUCAGCGAUGCCUUCACCAAAUACGCCGCGGCCGGGUACAUCAACCACUCGCCCCACGUCACGAUGAACGGCAUCAACGAGACCAUCGGGGAGUUGUCGCAGAUUGUGCCCUAUGUGGAUUCCCAACUCCAGCGCGCCUAUGUGGGAUGGGAUACGAAUGGCACCACUUAUGGUACUGCGCACACUAAGGUCAGCGGAGGAGAGGCCAUGGGGAUCUCGGAUUCGGCUCUGGUGGAUAUCAUCCGCAUGGUGGGGACCUGCCUGGUGGAGCAUUACGAUGUGCAGCAAACUAUCGAGGGGGCGGGUCCAAAUCCGAUUGCUUUUUUCUGAUUCGUGGGAUGUUAUAUCUGGCUGGUUGAUUGAUUCAGUGGACGCGAGAGAUGUAAUGACAAGUGUACCUAAAAGCUAUACAUGCAAGCCCUAAUUCCGAUGCGACGUGGCAUUCCCCUCCACUCACCAGUUGUCCUUCACCGACUGGCUGCUUCGCCUCGGGCAUGGUUGAUGAUCGUCCCGCACCAUGCACUGAUCUCGAU